AGAUGACACUGUCAGUUGUAAUGUUUUGACAGAAUUACUGAAAAGUUUGGAUUUUGUAUAACCUCAAAUUGUACAUAUAUUUUGCAGAAAAUAACACAUUUUUUUAUAUGAAAGGGGUAAACUUAUAUGAGUUACCCAUGAAUUAACUUAGAUCUGUGCUUAAUGUCAUUUUGGUGUUAGGUUUUACCUUACUUUGUAGAAAGCAAGUCCAAACUGCUAAGUUUUUAGUGUGUAUACUUAUCAAUAGAAAGAGGUCUUAAUAACAAUGCAGCGUAUCACUAGUGCAUUUUAUGAGGCUGUAUCUCCUCGCUUGUUGGCAAGGUCGCGAUUAAAAUGUACGAAGGCACCUAAAGAAACUCCUCUUCGCCGGCUGUUAGAUGAUGCAAGUUCAUUUGGUGAAUCUGAAGUGGAGGCUGCAGAGCCCGAGAUGCGUUGGGCUACCCAACCGUACCCAGCACGAAUCAAGGGCCAGCCCGACCCUGUGCAGCCACGGGUGGAUCCUCGCGAGACCACUGUCCUAUUAUUCCCGGGUCAGGGCUCGCAGCAAGUGGGAAUGGGACGUGCUUUACAAAACUUUCCAGCUGCUAAACAACUUUACGAGCUAGCAUCUAAUAUUGUGGGGUGGGAUGUGGCCCGCGUGUGCCUUGAGGGCCCCGAGGACGAGCUGGCGCGGCGUUGCCAAACCGCAGUGUUAGUGACGUCACUAGCGGCACUCGAGCGUGUGCGCGAGGAGCGGCCGGCCGCCGUGGAACGCGUGCGCGCCGCGGCAGGCUUCUCGCUCGGAGAGAUCGCCGCGCUCGUCUUCGCAGAUGCCUUGUCACUAGAGCGUGCGCUGCGGCUCGUGGAGCUGCGCGCCGCCGCCAUGCGCGCGGCCUCGGCGGCCCGCCCCGGGGGCAUGCUCACCGUGUGGCUGACGGCCGACGCGCGCCUCUCCGCUGCGAUGCACAGCGCGCGCGAACACGCCACAGAGAGCGGCCUGGAAGGGCCAGUCUGCCAGGUAGCCAACUACUUGUACCCGGGCUGCAAGGUGCUGGCCGGCGACGACGAGGCCUUGCGCUUCAUAGAGAAACACGGUGCCGAGUGGGGCAUCAGGCGCUCGGCGCGCGUGCGCGUGGAGGGCGCUUUCCACACGCCACUGAUGGCGCCGGCGGAGGCGGCGCUGCGCGAGGCGCUGGGGGCGAUAGAGGUGCGCGCGCCGCGGCUGGCGGUGUACUCGUGCGUGGACGCGGCGGUGUACCGCUCGGCGGCGGCCGUGCGGCGCCAGCUGCCGCGCCACGUGUCGCGCCCGGUGCGCUGGGAGCAGACGCUGCACGCGGUGUACGCGCGCCCGCGGGGCGAGGCGUUCCCGUUGACGUUGACGCUGGGCCCGGGAGCGGCACUGCGUUCCACUUUGAGACAAGUUAAUGCACGCGCUUGGGACUCUUCGCUUCAAAUCGACGCAUAAAUUGUGAGAGAGUUAAAAGCAUAGCACCACGAUUGGCCUUAUUUCGUCUAUAGGACCAAACGGAACAGUUAAUAGAAGCAUUAACUGUAGCAGAAAGAGAAUGAAAAUACCAAAAACUUAAAAAAGUUCAUCCAAUGAAAAUGUAAUGUUGCUUAGCAACACUUGCAAUGUUGCCAGCCACUGUGUGGCAGAAAAAUAUUGCCUGUUAAGAAGCACUUUUAGUGGAUUAGCCAUAAUUACGGUUUAUGUCUAGUUCUUGUAUAUAGUCACUUAAUAAAUAUGGUAAGAAGUAAUCGAAAUCACACAA